CACUCUUGGUAACCAUGAAGACCGCUGUGUUCGUGCUGGCCGUGCUGGCGCUCGUGGGCUGCGCCCUGGCGGGCCCCAUGCCGUUCCCGCUGGCGCUCCCGGGCCCCGGGCCCGCCCCCGCCGCCGCCCCCGCGCCCGCCCCCGCCCCCGCUCCGGGUCCGGGUCCUGCCCCCGUGCCGCUGCCGGUCGCGCCGCGCCCCAGGGAGUCGCUCAGCCCCAGCGAGACGCUCUACUACGCCUACUACUACCCCUUCGUCUACUACAUCGGCUGAUUCUCCACUGUGACUCCUCUGCUCACACCUACGGAUUGACUCUACGAAUGCCUGGCAUCUUGUAAAUUCUUCUCACAAUAAAUCUCUUCGUCUCUUUA